GACUUGCCGCGCCUCCGCAGUACACUUCUUUCACUCGCAACAGUAGCUCGCGUUUUGCCACUGCGACCGUCUGUCUAAAAGUUUUAUUUGUGACUGAAAUUCAAGUGUUUUAAUAUUGUUGCCUGUGAUAUUUCUCAUAAAAUGAAGGCCGAAGUCGAUAUGCCUGUUAAGGACGGGUUGAAGAAGUCAUUGGUGGGUGUCAUCGAUGAUGGCACCAAGACAGUCAGAUUUGUGAUAUUCGAGGCGGAACGUUCGGAAGAGUUGACCGCUUAUCAGAUAGACAAAACAGAAGUACAACCACAAGAAGGAUGGUACGAACAGGAUCCUAUGGAGAUAUUAAACCACAUCAAAACAUGCGCUGAUAACGCUAUAGGACAAUUGACUGAGUUAGGAUACUCUAAAGAAGAUAUAGUAACAUUAGGUAUAACUAAUCAGAGAGAGACAACGAUAGCGUGGGACAAAUAUACUGGAGAGCCUCUACAUCCUGCUAUAGCGUGGAAUGAUAUACGGACAGACAGUACAGUUGAUGCUAUACUAGCUAAGUUACCAGAUAGAAAUAAGAACUAUCUAAAAAAUAUCAGCGGAUUACCUAUUAGCCCUUAUUUUAGUGCUCUCAAGAUGCGAUGGUUGAAAGAUAAUAUAAAAUCAGUGAGACGGGCAAGUCGGGAUAAACGAUUGUUAUUCGGAACUGUCGAUUCUUGGAUUGUUUGGAACUUAACUGGAGGUCCCCAAGGUGGGUUACAUAUAACGGAUGUGACAAACGCGUCUAGAACUUUAUUAAUGGACCUCGACACAUUGAAUUGGGACCCUAUGCUCUGUAGGUUAUUCGGUAUACACAGAGAAUCUCUACCACAGAUACGGAGCAGUUCAGAGUUGUAUGGUGUUGUCAAAGAUGGCUCUAUUUUGGAUGGCAUUGGAAUAUCAGGAAUCCUGGGCAACCAGCAAGCGGCGCUGGUGGGUCAGAACUGCCUGCAGGCUGGCCAGGCCAAGAACACGUACCGCAGCGGCUGCUUCCUGCUGUACAACACCGGCACACGCCGCGUACACUCCACGCACGGCCUCAUCACCACCCUCGCAUACAAGCUCGGUCCUAAUGCACCACCGGUCUAUGCUUUGGAAGGAUCAAUAGCGGUGGCGGGGGGCGCGAUGAAGUUCCUGCGAGACAACCUGGGGCUGGUGCGGGACGUGGCGCGCGACACGGAGCUGGUGGCGGGACAGGUCUUCUCCACCGGGGACGUGUACUUCGUGCCCGCCUUCAGCGGACUCUACGCGCCCUACUGGAGAAAGGAUGCCCGGGGGAUAAUCUGUGGGUUGACAGCUUUUACCACAAAGAACCACAUCAUCAGAGCGGCUUUGGAAGCUGUCUGCUUCCAGACUAGGGAUAUCCUGGAAGCAAUGAACAAGGACUGCGGCAUGCCGCUGGGCAAGCUGCACGUGGACGGCAAGAUGGCUGCCAACCAUCUCCUCAUGCAGCUGCAGGCAGACCUCAUCGGCAUACCUGUCUUGCGUGCCCACACGUGGGACAUGUCAGCGCUGGGCGCGGCGGUGUGCGCCGGACACGCGACCGGAGUGUGGGCAGUGGACCAGUGGCGACAUCAUGCCACACCCAAUGACACCUUCCUGCCCACCACCACGGAUGACGAUCGUGACGCGAGAUAUACAAAAUGGAAGAUGGCGGUGCAGCGCUCUCUGGGCUGGGCGACUACCAAAAAAUCCAUCGCGAUGACAGGUCAGGCUAAACGAAAAUCUAGUAUGGUAACACUUAAUCACAGCUCCGACGUCCCCUCCUCCCCGCCACAGAGCCGCAAAGCCUCUCUCGUCGAUGGUCUGAGCAUAGACUACGAUAGACUGGGCAAUCCGAUCAAAGAUGAAGGCGUCGAUAACUCUGUUCAAGAGUUAAUAAAAUUUUCCGCACGUAAAUUUUCCGUUUUUGUACCUGUACAAAACGAGGAAGUGACAAUUUUAGAUGACGCGGAAUAUUUUAUGAGUAAAAAGGAAUGCGACUAUGGCAUGUGUCAGUGUUGCCAGCCAAAGAAAAAGCUGACAAAUUGGGAGACAAUAGAGGAGAUCAUAGAGAAUGAUCCAGAGAUUAUAUUUGACAGUGAUGAUAAUCCGAUUGUCGUAGAUCCGAACGCUUUUCCGAGUAGUUUUGCUAAUGGAGUAGAUUUGAAUAGACCGGCUUGUAAAAUCCCUGAAGUAUUCACGCACAUAUGUAAUAAGCUAUCGCAUACGACGCUUAUGUAACAAAAAUAACUUGAUUAUGUCGGCAUGUACUUCGAAAAUUAUUGGUAAAUGCUUGACUUUAUUCAUCUUAAACUACAGACUUAAUAAAGAACGAUAGUUGUCAGGCUUUUUGACAGUUGAGAGGCUAAUUUUGACAGCUGUUAAACCUACAUUUGAGAUUAAAUCUUUCAUGAAAUUUAUAUUAAUAUUUGGAGAAUUGUCGUCAAGAGAGUUAUUUUGCUUUUAAGUAUGUUUUGACAAAAAGACUAUUUUUUUCCAUCAAAUCGAAUAUAACAUUGAUGAGAAAUAUAUAUCGUUAAAUAUAAUAUGAUUACAUAUAGGCAUUCCAUCCGAGACCCAUAAAGACAAAAAAAAAAUAGAAAUUUAAUUGUUUCCUUCAUUUUUAUAUGUAUUACGGAUUAUUUUA